AUGCUGAUUAUUCGACAUGUUCGUUCUUCACAAAAUGCAGUUCGAUCCGUUCGACGUAUUCAUCGACAUCUUAUCAUUCAAUUUAUUAUUCUCUACUCAAUUUGGUUUCUCUUUUUUCUUCCUCAAAUUAUAUUUUUAUUAUCUGUUGCUUCAUCGACUUCACAACGUUUGAUUACAAAAGUUCUUGAUAUUGCUGCAACACUUUCUGAUGUUCUAGUUAUUACACUAUUCGAUCGUCGCUUUGUUGAUGCAUGGAAAUUGACUGCACAACGAAUUCUAAGACUUAUGAAGCGAAAUAAUAGACGUAUUAAUCCAACAACAAUCACUCAACCAAUACAAUUAGCACGAAUUCAACCAGAUGCCACAAAAGCUCAGACUCGUGUGGUAAAUGUAAUGUGA